AUGGCUUCUUCAAGAAAAUGGGCAACCACCAUAUCCUUCAUUGCUUCCUCUAUCUAUUUCACUGUCAUCAUCAUUCAGAUUCCUCUUUUCAGUGUCCCCUGUAGAUCUGGAACAUGUACAUCACCAGUAGCAGUCACAGCCCCUCAGCUAAUGGCAUGUGAUCUGAUUCCUACUGUUGCAAUAAAGGCUCUAGUCUACCCUGGUGCUGUUGCAAAGGCAUUGGUGAAAAAUGAAGCAAUCCCAAGCUUUAGUAACUUGAAGUUACAUGACCCCUCUGCUGUAACGGCUGCUGAUGCAAUUGCUGAUCUGCAGCGCCUGGAGGUUCUCGUUGGAAGCUACCUAUCAGUAGCUGGAGCAUUCUGGGGACUUUUAAAACCAUGGAGAGUGAGCUUCUAUGGAGUGCUUCUUAUCCUAUGGGGCCUUGUUAAGGAAAUUAUGUUGAGGAAAUCAGCUGGUCCAAAUCUUGUAUACAUCCACCCGGCAAUGUCUAUUGCCAUCUGUUCUGCCUUGUUUUCCAUAGCUAAGGAUGUAAGGAGAAUAAUUCGAAGUUUCAGAGGUCUUCAGAUUGUAAAAGAGAAACGUUCAUGAGUACAUGGCGUCUUCAGAAAUCAUCAGUGUU